AUGCCAGGGGUGUCAAUGUUCAAGUUGAAACACAGGACCAUCUCCGCGAAUGGAACCCUUCCCUUAUGGACGAGCUCACUACCUUUUCCUGCGCCGGCGAAGUCACUGGCGGUGACACCUUUGGGUCCCCAUACAUGCCUCACUGAUCUGAAGCAUUUGAAUGGCGCGCUGAGAUCUGCAUUGGCAUCUUAUAUCAUGUGGAUAUGCGGCUCAGAGUGCGGCAAGACAUUCCCAGCCCAAAAGUCUCUCUCUGCGCAUGCUGCUCGCUGCAAAAAACAAAUUACUGAAACUAGCAGAUUCAGUGCAGCACAGCAGCAAAAAGAAAUGCGAGUUGGAAAAGACUCAUGGCAAGAAGUCCAGCGAGCACGCAGUGAGCGUGCAGAGGUAAUUCAGGUAGGGAUAGAUGUCGAAGAACAAUUGGACUAUGGAGGAAUGGAUGUUGACCAUGCCAUUUCCGAGCAGGUCGAGGAUGUUGCAGGACCAUCAAACAUCCCCCGUUCACCCUCACUUCCCCCAGUCACUUCAAAGCGCUCUGGACGUACAGUACGCAUGCCUUGGCACUUCAUCGACUACCUCCCUGGAUCAGCCACGCACCUCGCACAUAUGCCUCCCACUAACCGGCAGCAACAAGGGCGUGUUCUGCACGAAGCAGAUUAA